AUGGCUGAGUCCGUGGUCAGAGCUCUCUACGGCAGAUCGACUUCUUUAACUUUAAGUUCAAAGAAACUAAAGGAAGUUCCUGAGAGUGUCUCCAUGCUGACAGAGCUGACAGUUCUCCUGCUGAACAACAACUCCAUCAGCUGUCUGCCUGCUGAGCUGCUCUCUCUACAACACCUGUCUGAGCUGAAUCUGGGAAAUAAUGCCUUGGAGGAGGUUCCUGCUGUUCUGGGCCAUCUGGAGUCCUUGAAAAAACUCUAUCUGUUUAGAAACCAGAUUAGAGCCGUGCCACCUGAGGUGAUAGGGGGCUUAAAGAACCUUGUUGUGCUGAAUCUGAACCACAACCAGAUUCAAGGCCUUCCAGCAGAGAUGAAAAGUUUGAGUAGGCUGGAACAUCUCAGUGUGCUGGACAAUAAACUUGAAGUGGUUCCUGCAGAGGUGGGUCAUCUCACCAGGUUGACUGUUAUAAACCUGACCUCCAACAACUUGUCUCAGCUUCCUCAGCAGCUGUCGUCGUGUAAAGAGCUGACCAAGCUGCAUGUAGCCAGAAACGAGCUGACCAGCCUGCCAGAGGGAAUCGGCUCCCUGUCUAAGCUCCAAGUUCUCGACGUAGCUGGGAACAAACUGUCCAUGUUCCCUGUUGGGUUUCACCGUCUGCACCUAAAGGAGCUAUACUUUGAAGGCAACAGGUUUGUUUGCUGUGAGCCGAUGCCAUCAGUGCAAGUUGUGGAGACUCUGACAUUAAAGGAGCUGGCUGCCAGAUUUGUCCUGCAGGAGGACAGGAACAGGUCCUCUCUGGUCCACAAGAUGCUGCCCCUCUACCCAGACCUGACCACCAUGUUGGCCAGCAGCAGCUGUUGUGCAAUCUGCCUGAGCCCCUUCCUCACCACCUGGCUGGAGUGUGUGCACUUUGUCAGUCUGAAGAAGGACAUGAGAAUGAGGUAUUCUCAGACUAUCCCAGUGCGGGCCCUUCUUUGUUCUUAUAGGUGUUUUAAUAAGGAUGGACACUACUACUUUGGUGUAGCUCCAAAAUAA